AUGAUGAUGGUAGGAUCGCGCAUCCUGUUCGCGGACAUCUGUGGCUUCACAUCUCUAUCGGACCAGUGCACCGCUGAGGAACUGGUGCGCCUGCUGAACGAACUCUUCGCCAGAUUCGACCGUCUAGCGGCUGAGCACCACUGCCUGCGCAUCAAGCUCCUGGGCGACUGCUACUAUUGCGUAUCUGGCCUGCCAGAGGCCCGCGAUGACCAUGCCAAAUGCUGCGUUGAAAUGGGCCUCGACAUGAUUGAUGCCAUUGCUCUGGUACGUGAGGUGAUGGCUGUGAACGUGAACAUGCGCGUGGGCAUCCACACCGGCCGUGUUCACUGCGUGGUGCUCGGCCUGCGCAAGUGGCAGUUCGAUGUGUGGUCCAAUGAUGUUACUCUAGCCAACUACAUGGAGAGUGGUGGCGUUGCUGGGCGUGUCCACAUCACCAAGGAAACGCUGCAGUGCCUCGGCGACGAUUACAAGGUGGAGCCGGGCAACGGCGGACAGCGCAACGCCUACCUCAAGGACCACAACAUCGAUACCUACCUGAUUGUGCCCGACGAUACCAGCCGAGUGGAUAAAAAGCCGCAGCACUCGUUCUCGCUGAAUGGCAACAUCUCGAAGGAGAUGCGCGUGAUGGGCCAUGGCUCGCAGCACGGCAAGAACUCGGCCAAGAACGGAGCGGACCCGGCUACCGAGAACAAAAAGCCGGAGGACGAGGUGAACGAAUAUCUGAUGAAGGCCAUUGACGCGCGCUCCAUCGACCGACUCCGCGCCGAGCACUGUAAGCCCUUCACGCUCACCUUCCGUGAUGACAAGCUGGAGAAAAAGUACACCGCGGAACGAGAUCACAUGCUGAAGAUUUACUACAUGUGUACAAUAGCGGUGUACAUUGCCGGCGUCGGUGCACAACUGAUGUCGUUCAACCUCUCUCCGGCUGGCAUCGCGAGCAUACUCUUCAGUGGAGUCAUCAUCUUCUCCCUCACCUAUCUCGUCCUUUGCAUCGAUUUCGAGCACACGAACGUGAGACUGAAGCGUAUGGCACACCGCGUGCACCACAACCGCACGCUCGCACAACUAACGUCAUUCGCCGUCGUGUUCGUUUUCAUCCUCCAGAUCCAAGUCGUCAUGGUACAAGGCCUAUUUGAUGUCAACCGUGAAGCUGGAGAGAGAGGUGGGAAGAAGUCGGAAUUCUGCGCCUAUGAUAUGAAUGAGCACUACCUACAACUGACGCUGAUGGCGAUGUUCCUGUGCGCUGUACACCAAAUCCUCAUCACCAUGGUGAAGCUGUUCCUCCUGCUCGCCACUUGCAUUACCUACAUAGUCAUCAGCACGCAGGAGCACAUCGACAACGUUGAACCAGCUCAGGAUUAUGAGAACCGAUGCGGACUAGAUUGGGACCAACAAUGGACUAACAUCGCCAUUGCGCUCGGUGCCACGGUGGCGCUGCUGUUGCACUCCCAACAAACAGAGAGCACUUACAGACUGGACUUCAUCUGGAAACUACAGGCUAACGAUGAGAAGGAAGAAAUGGAACACCUCGAAGCGUACAACCGCAAGUUGCUGGCGAACAUUCUUCCUGAGCACGUGGCACAACACUUCCUCAACAGUGACAAGAAUAUCGAUGAACUGUACCAUGAACAAUGCGAGUCUGUGUGCGUAAUGUUUGCAUCCAUCCCGAAUUUCUCCGAGUUUUAUGUGGAACUCGAGGGAAAUAACGAGGGCGUGGAGUGCUUGCGCCUCCUUAACGAAAUUAUUGCCGAUUUUGACGAAAUCCUUGCCGAGGAACAGUUCCGUUACAUUGAAAAGAUUAAAAGCACUGGCGCUACGUAUAUGGCUGCGUCAGGUCUGACAGCGGCUACCCGGGAUCUCCACGGAUACCGUCACGUGACUGCAAUGGCAGACUACGCACUGCGGCUUCGAGAGCAACUGCAAUAUGUCAACGAGCACUCAUUCAACAGCUUCCGCAUUCGGAUCGGCAUCAACAUCGGCCCGGUGGUAGCUGGAGUCAUCGGGGCACGCAAACCUCAGUACGACAUCUGGGGUAAUGCUGUUAACGUAGCCUCGCGGAUGGAUUCCACUGGAGUGCUCGAUCAAAUACAGGUAACUCAGGAGGUGUAUGAGAUCCUGUCUUCCCGAGGCUACAAACUACGAUGCCGCGGGAACGUCGACGUGAAAGGAAAAGGAAAUAUGGUUACCUUCUUCCUCGAUGGGGUCGGCGAUUCCGAAUCCUUCCGCGCUAGGGAAGCGGCAUGUAACGCUCAAGCCCAAGAUAUCUACAGGAAUCCACAGCCAUCUACUUCUGGGGAAAGCACUGUAAAAGUCGAUGCAAAAGUCAAUACCGAAGUCGAUGCUAAAGUCGAUGCAACGUUCAAUGAGGAACCUGGAAGCAGCAGCCGCCCUACCCGCCCUCUCGAGACUCUCUCGGAGGGACAUACUGAUGAGGAACCCGGACCAUCCCCCAGGGCAUCUAGUCCAAGUGAAAUUAAGAACGGCGACGUUAAUGGACCAGUAGCCUCCGGCAGCGCGUCGCGCGAGAGUGUCGUGCAGGCGGUGCGAUCACGAGUACAGCAGCGCCUGGAGCGGCCGAUGUCACUGGCCGACCAGACUGGCCUGCCCACACUCUACUCGUUACUAAACUCCCGCGCUUAUUCCACCGAAUUCGACGCUGCAAAAACCACCAAUAAGAACAACCUUUCACUGAGCGAUGUAAAGACGGCCGUAGCGACUACGCGCAGCAACGGCGAGAUCGAAUCCCUACUUGAAGCAGAACCUCGGCGAGCUAAUAGUCUCGCCGACUUCUUGUUCCGAAGACGGAACAAUCGCAACAACGCUGUCGUCAACGUUAUCGAGAACCCUAUGCACUCGAUGCUUGACGCUACUGACGCCUCGGAUGAGGCCACUGCCUAA